AUUCGCGACCAUGGGAACCCGGAGGCUCGCCCUGGCCCUCCUCGCGGCCGUGCUGCUGCAGGCGCUGCUCCCGGCCUCGGACGCCGAGGGCCUGGUGCGGAUCGCGCUCAAGAAGCGCCCCAUCGACCAGAGCAGCCGCGUCGCUUCCCGCCUCUCCGGCGACGAGGCCGCAUCACGCCCCCUCCUCCGCGGCGCCAACUCCGGCGACGAGGGCGACAUCGUCGGGCUCAAGAACUACAUGAACGCGCAGUACUUCGGGGAGAUCGGCAUCGGCACGCCCGCCCAGACCUUCACCGUCAUCUUCGACACCGGCAGCUCCAACCUCUGGGUGCCCUCCUCCAAGUGCUACUUCUCGAUUGCGUGCUACCUCCACUCACGCUACAAGGCCGGGCAGUCAAGCACUUACAAGAAGAAUGGAACGGCUGCUGCCAUUCAGUAUGGCACUGGUUCGAUUGCUGGGUAUUUCAGCGAGGACAGUGUGACAGUAGGCGAUCUAGUUGUGAAGAAUCAGGAGUUCAUUGAAGCUACAAAGGAGCCAGGUGUUACUUUCUUGGUUGCAAAGUUCGAUGGCAUUCUUGGGCUUGGGUUCCAGGAAAUAUCUGUUGGGAAAGCUGUACCUGUGUGGUAUAAAAUGAUGGAGCAAGGUCUAGUCAGUGACCCUGUUUUCUCAUUCUGGUUAAACCGACAUGCUGAUGAUGAGGAAGGUGGUGAAAUUAUUUUUGGAGGAAUGGAUCCUAAACACUACGUGGGUGAACAUACAUACGUCCCAGUCACUCAGAAGGGAUAUUGGCAAUUUGACAUGGGCGAUGUACUGGUUGGCGGACAGUCAACAGGGUUUUGCGCUAAAGGUUGUGCAGCGAUUGCGGAUUCUGGAACAUCAUUGCUUGCUGGCCCAACAGCCAUUAUUACUGAAAUUAAUCAGAAGAUUGGUGCGGCUGGGGUAGUCAGCCAAGAGUGCAAAACAAUUGUUUCUCAAUAUGGACAGCAGAUCCUAGACCUGUUGCUAGCUGAGACACAGCCCAAGAAGAUCUGCGCCCAGGUUGGUCUGUGCACCUUUGAUGGGACUCAUGGUGUUAGUCCUGGAAUUCGGAGCGUAGUCGACGAUGAAGCUGAGAAAUCGAAUGGUCUCCGUAGCGAUCCCAUGUGCAAUGUCUGUGAGAUGGCUGUUGUAUGGAUGCAGAACCAACUCUCACAGAACAAGACCCAGGACCUCAUAUUGGAUUACGUUGAUCAGUUGUGCAACCGUCUCCCUAGUCCCAUGGGAGAGUCAGCUGUGGACUGUGGAAGCCUUGGAUCCAUGCCUGACAUCGAGUUCACCAUUGCUGGCAAGAAGUUUGCACUGAAACCAGCAGAGUAUGUGCUGAAGGUUGGUGAAGGAGCUGCUGCCCAGUGUAUCAGUGGUUUCACGGCCAUGGACAUCCCUCCUCCCCGCGGUCCUCUCUGGAUCUUGGGUGAUGUUUUCAUGGGCCCCUACCACACCGUCUUCGACUACGGCAAGUCGAGGAUCGGCUUCGCGAAGGCGGCCUGAGAGGGACGAUCGAGCGCCCCAUAACGGAGGCGAGCACAUGUGCCUGGAGAACCUAGCCUUUUAACUCGUGUAUUUACCUGGCCAUGUGUGUAUAUAUACGCUACUUGUUCUAGUGAUGUUUUCAAAGACCCUGAGAUGUAAGUUGUCAAGAAUGCUUCUGGACGUGUUUGUUGCCACUGUUCGGUUUGUGAUACUGACGGGUUGAUGUGAUAAGCAUUUGCCAUCUAACUUGUGGUGUAUGAUGCUUGUGCACUAAUGUAUGAAUGGGAAACUGCCUACUGUUUCGAUGGCAGUCAA